GCGCAGCACACACUCCACGCGCGUCAUUCUCAGGUGGGAUUUACGCUGAUAAUUCGCUAAAAAUAAUUUUAAAAACUCGAGACGUUCGACGUGCAUGUGACACGAAGAAAGUGACCUCAGGACCAUGUUUGUCUCCGGGGUUUUACCGAUAUUGCUGUGCUGCGUUUUGAAGUUGAGCGUCGCGCGCAGGACCGGUGCUGAAGACGGAGAGACUGUAGAGAAGAUUAACAGCGCGCGCUGCACCUCGCGCUGCCUCACGCUGCACAUCACUCAGCUCACCUCCACGUUCAGACGCCUUCAGAGUGAUGAGGUUCUGGGCUGGUGCGAAAACCAUAGAAGAUGUGCUCAGUGCCUACAGCCAUGCAAGGAAUUAUGGGAAACCAGAAGAGUUCUUUCUCACAAGUUUUGUGAGAAGCACCAUGAGUGUGUGACCAGUGCUGAGUUCCUGCAGUCGCUGCAGAUGCAGAAGCAGGGCGACUGUCCUUCUCCUCAGAGGGCGUCAGGAUUUGCAGCAGCCUGCGUGGAGAGCUGCAAUGCCGACCGCGAGUGCUCCGGAUCUAAAAAGUGCUGUUCUAACGGAUGUGGCCACACCUGCCAAGCACCAAUUAACCUUUAUAAAGGCGUCCCCCUGAAGCCAAGGAAAGACAUGGCCUUUUUAGAAGACAAGCACGGACAGCUGGAAGUGACGUGGAUGUCUAAGUUCAAUGUUUCUAUUGAGCCAGUUCUGUAUAUUCUGCAGAGGAGAUGGAACCAUGGCAUUCAUCCCAGCGAGGACGACGCCUCGCCCUGGCACACUGUAAUGAUGACCAUGGAGGAAAGGGCCUUGCUGAAGGAUGUUCGGCCACACAGGUGGUACCAGUUUCGCGUGAACGCAGUAAACAGCCAGGGCACACGUGGCUUCACCACUCCCAGCAAGCACUUCUUCUCAACACGAGACCCACUGCCCCCAGAGAGACCGCAGAACGUCAGUGCCGGGAAUCAGACUGUGAGCGCUGACGGUAGGUUGAGCGUGCUGCUUCGUUGGGACCCCCCCAAAGAGGGAGACCUGCCGCUCCAUCAUUACAAAGUGACCUGGAGCGGCCCAAUUGGAAAGGAAAGCAGCAGGGUCGCAGACGGGACACUGACACAGAUGGAGCUGGAAGGACUCCAGCCAGACACACACUACAUAGUGAACAUUCAGGCAGUUUCUUUCUGGGGACAGAAGCGUUUAAAGAGUGGCCGCGCACAGCUCUCCUUCAAAACUGCUGCUUCUACCGGCUCCACGCCAAUCUCACGGGACUUUUCCAACGAGCUGCCCAUCUCCCGCUCAUCGCCCAGGGUCCUUCGACUUGAGGCUGCGGCUCCCCAUUACCACAACAAUCAGCUUCAGGUCAAGGUGUUUUGGAAAAGUCGACUCCCAGGAAACCAAAGGGGUUCUGCUUCAUAUCUUUUAAGUUGGUUUCCAGAGGUAUGUGCUAAUAACGUGACCAAGAGAGAGAGAACGGCUACUGUACAGGGCACGCAUUUUGUCAUCACAGGUCUUGCCUUUGCCUGUAAGUACAAAGUAACAGUGACACCCCUCUCUGAGCAUGGAGAGAAGACCGGGGCCGUGACCUCUGUCACUACCCCACAGUGCUCGACGCUGAACAGCCGUGGGAAAAAACAACUGUCCUGUGCUUAUGAUGACCGCCAUCUACAGGCGAAGAAAUCGCUGCAGCGCCCCGAGAAGCUGGUAGCUGUGUUUCAGACAGUGAACGGGUCCCUGGAAGGUCUUUUCAGCUGGCAGGUUUCUGAGGCCACACCCGGCCAGACCCCCAUCACAGGAUUUCAAUUCUCCCGGGUCAAAGUGUCCAGCAGCCGUGUGAACAAAUCUUCAGACUCACUAAUCUCCCAAACACUAAAUCUGUCGUCUGAUCAGCGCUCAGUCAGGGUGGAGCAGCUUCAGCCAAAGUGUUUGUACAAGGUGCAGGUGCAGGCACUGUCUGAAGCUGGCAACGGACCCUUAGUGGCCAAAAUGUUCAACACUCCACAGCUUAAUGGCACACCACUAUGAGUUGUACUGAAGUAUCAUCAUAAACAUCUGAUCACUCCGAUUCCCUUCAGAAAAGUGUGUUUCCUUUACCGGUAUUCUUGGAACCACAGUUACGUUGCAUGAUGAUGGCAGUUCAUUUCAGUUAAAGUCUAAAAAAUUGAAUGCUUAACAAUAAAAAAACGUUUUGUAAGUUAAAUGUUCAGAGAUUUUUUAAGCCUAUAUUAUUUAAGUGUCCUUUAUAAUGUAAAGAAUUGUAGCACUGAUGUAUGUAGAGUGUAGUGAGAGCGGUGUAACUCCUGUUAGUUCAUGUAUAACUUUUUUCCCUUUGUUCAGUACUAAUACCUUUGUGUUUCUGAAUCUGAGACAUGUUUGCGCUGUGCAAGUAUAGUUCUAAAUUAUUUUUUAACAUUUUAGCGUCCACUUACAGUCUACUGUAAUCUUGAAGUAUUUAUUGUGAUGUGCUAUUAAAAAAAAGUGGAAGGUGACCAUGAUUGUGAUUUCUGUGCUGAUAUUUAGUGAACAAUCCCUUUAAUUACAAAUCAGAUGUUUCACACUAGGUAAUUAAAUGUCUUGAAAAAAGCACAUAAGACCUGGUUAAAUUUAUAAUUAUAAAGCUAAAGGCUUUAUUUGAAUGGCAGACAAAUGAACUUAUAUCAGGUUUAUGAUUGUUACCCAAAUUAAUAAUGCCCUAUGUUAUUAGUGCCAAAAAAAUGUUAUGAACAGUGAUGUACAGCAUUUGGACAACAAUGUUACAAAUGACAUUUGUAAUAAAAGCAUUUAUUUCAUUUUGUUCAAAUAUUGUUUCCAUUGUACAAAAAUGUUAUACUUUCUGUAAAUAUUGCACUUUGUGUUGUUACAAAUAAAUUCAUUGAAUUAA